GCACAGAGAAUUAACCCACCAGAGAGAGAGAGAGAGAGAGAGAGAGAGAGAGAGAGAGAUGGGGAAUUGCCAAGCGGCGGAGGCGACGACGGUGGUGAUCCAACACCCGGGAGGAAGGGUGGAGAGGGCGUACUGGUCCUUGAGCGCGAGCCAAGUCAUGGCUUCCAACCCCGGCCACUACGUCGCCGCGGUUAUCGUGGUCACCGCUCCCCCCUACGCCACCUCCGCCACCGCCCGCGGUGGCGACGCUCCCCUGAAGCACCUUAAGCUGCUUCGCCCCGACGAUACUCUCCACAUCGGCCGCGUCUACCGCCUCGUCAGCUUCGAAGAGGUGGUGAGGGAGUUCGCGUCGAAGAAGCACGUGAAGUUGGGCCGUCUGCUUGUCAAACAGAAUGAAAAGCACCGGCCCAGAUGCGAAAGAGGCGGCGACGGGGGCGCCUCCAUUGCCAUCGCUGCCUCGGGCCAGCCAGGUAGUGGUCGUGGUGGUGACGGUGGCAUUGAACUCGAGUCGGAGACUCCACCGGCGACGGAACAGGAAGCGGAGGCACUUGUGGACGCCGAGUUGCAGGAUGCGGCUGUCGGGAGCACCAAAGCAAAGAUAGCACGCCAUGGGCAGUGGAAGCCAACCUUGCAGAGCAUUGCCGAGGUCGCAAUUAGCUGAAGUACUCAUCCUCGCACAUCAAUCCUAGCUCUAAGUCCGAGUAAGUAUAUACACAAAUAGUUUCUGUUUUCGAUUGAUGAUGAUGAUCAUCGCGAGGUAUUGGGUGUGGAAGAAGAACAUGUGAUCUAUUUUCUAGUAUUGUCCGCAAACCAAAAAAAAAAAAGCAAGUCAAGUGGCGUUGGCAUUAAA